AUGUAUCUUCUUCGCGCACCACUGUGGCUUUCACGCGAGGAGCGGACGGGACGCCAUAGAAUGCGUUUGUUGGGUUCCGCCCAUCAUCCUGCGAUACAAGUACGGCACGUUGUGUGCAACCAGUGA